AUGGCCUGGGGCGUGCUGUGGGUGUGCGUGGCGGCGUGUGCCCUGCUGCACGCGGGCGGGCUGGCUCGCGGGGACUGCUGGCUGAUUGAGGGUGACAAGGGCUUCGUGUGGCUGGCCAUUUGCAGCCAGAACCAGCCGCCCUACGAGGCCAUCCCGCAGCAGAUCAACAACACCAUCGUGGACCUGCGGCUGAACGAGAACCGGAUCCGCAGCGUGCAGUACACCUCGCUCAGCCGCUUCGGGAACCUCACGUACCUCAACCUCACCAAGAACGAGAUCGGCUACAUCGAGGACGGGGCCUUCUCAGGCCAGUUCAACCUGCAGGUGCUGCAGCUGGGUUACAACCGGCUGCGCAACCUCACCGAGGGCGUCCUGCGCGGCCUGAGCAAGCUGGAGUACCUGUACCUCCAGGCCAACCUCAUCGAGGUGGUCACGCCCAGCGCCUUCUGGGAGUGCCCCAACAUCGUCAACAUCGACCUGUCCAUGAACCGCAUCCAGCGGCUGCACAGCACCACCUUUGCGGGCCUGGCCAAGCUGUCCGUGUGCGAGCUGUACAGCAACCCUUUCUACUGCUCCUGUGAGCUGCUGGGCUUCCUGCGCUGGCUGGCCGCCUUCACCAACGCCACGCACGCCUUCGACCGCGUGCAGUGCGAGUCCCCCCCACUCUACUCCGGCUACUUCCUCCUGGGCCAGGGCCGCCACGGCCACCGCAGCAUCCUCAGUAAGCUGCAGUCCGUGUGCACCGACAGCUCCUACACGGGCGAGGCCCGCAGUCCACGCCCCGGGCCCAGACGCUCGCCGCCACCACCGCCGCCGCCGCCACCAGAGCCCAGCGACGUGGCCUGCUCCGAGGAGGAGUGCUUCUCUGGGGACGGGACCACGCCGCUGGUGGCCCUGCCCACGUUGGCCACCCAGGUGGAGGCCCGGCCACUGCUCAAGGUGAAGCAGCUGACCCAGAACUCGGCCACCGUCACGGUGCAGCUGCCCAGCCCGUUCACCCGCAUGUACACACUGGAGCAGUUCAACAACAGCCAGCCGUCCACCGUCUCCCGGCUGACCAAGGCCCGGGAGGAGAUCCGCCUCACCAACCUGCACGCGCUCACCAACUACACCUACUGCGUGGUGUCCACCAGCGCCGGCCUGCGCCACAACCACACCUGCCUCACCAUCUGCCUGCCCAAGCCGCCCAGCCCGCCCGGGCCCGUGCCCAGCCCCUCCACCGCCACCCACUACAUCAUGACCAUCCUGGGCUGCCUCUUCGGCAUGGUCCUGGUGCUGGGCGCCGUGUACUACUGCCUGCGCAAGAGGCGGCGCCAGGAGGAGAAGCACAAGAAGGCGGCCGCGGCGGCCGGCAGCCUGAAGAAGACCAUCAUCGAACUUAAGUACGGCCCCGACAUGGAGGCGCCCGGCCUGCCGCCGCUGCCCCAGGGUCCGCUGCUGGGCCCCGAGGCCGUCACCCGCAUCCCCUACCUGCCAGCGGCCGCCGCAGCCAGCGAGCUGGAGCAGUACAAGCUGGCGGAGAGCAGCGAGACCCCCAAGACCAAGGGCAACUACAUAGAGGUCCGCACGGCCGAGCAGCCGGAGCGGCCGGGCCCAGACAGCCAGGGCUCGGUGGCCGAGAUCUCCACCAUCGCCAAGGAGGUGGACAAGGUGAACCAGAUCAUCAACAACUGCAUCGACGCGCUCAAAUCCGAGUCCACGUCCUUCCAGGCCGUCAAGUCCGGGGCCGUGUCCACGGCCGAGCCGCAGCUGGUGCUGCUGUCCGAGCCGCUGGCCGGCAAGCACAGCUUCCUGUCGCCCAUGUACAAGGACUCGGUGUCGGCGGGGCGCAGCCUGCAGCGCCUGCCGCCGCCGCCGCCGCCGCUCGAGGCCCUGGGCGGGCGCAGGGUGUCCAUCCUGGAGCCGCUGGCCCGCGCGCGCGCCCGGGAGCUGGCCUACUCCCAGCUGUCGCCGCAGUACCACGGCCUGAGCUACUCGUGCAGCCCCGAGUACGCGUGCAAGGCCUCGCACAGCAUCUGGCGGCGCCUGGGACUGAGCCGGCGGCGCCCCCGGGACGACGAGGAGUUCAUGGCGGCCGGCCACGCCCUGCGCAAGAAGGUGCAGUUCGCCAAGGACGAGGACCUGCACGACAUCCUGGACUACUGGAAGGGCGUGUCGGCCCAGCACAAGUCCUGA